AUGGAUAGAACAAGAAGAAGAAACACUAUAGGUAUAGAAAGAACAAGAAGAAGAAACACUCUAGGUAUAGAUAGAAGAAGUACAAGAAGAAGAAACACUUUAGGUAUAGAUAGAAGAAGUACAAGAAGAAGAAACACUUUAGGUAUAGAUAGAAGAAGUACAAGAAGAAGAAACACUUUAGGUAUAGAUAGAAGAAGUACAAGAAGAAGAAACACUUUAGGUAUAGAUAGAAGAAGUACAAGAAGAAGAAACACUUUAGGUAUAGAUAGAAGAAGUACAAGAAGAAGAAACACUUUAGGUAUAGAUAGAAGAAGUACAAGAAGAAGAAACACUUUAGGUAUAGAUAGAAGAAGCACAAGAAGAAGAAACACUUUAGUUAUGCAUAGAAGUAGCACAACAAGAAGAAACACUCUGGGUAUAGAUAGAAGUAGCACAAGAAGAAGAAACACUUUAGGUAUGCAUAGAAGUAGCACAAGAAGAAGAAACACUCUGGGUAUAGAUAGAAGUAGCACAAGAAGAAGAAACACUUUAGUUUUGCAUAGAAGUAGCAAAAGAAGAAGAAACACUUUAGGUAUGCAUAGAAGUAGCACAACAAGAAGAAACACUCUGGGUAUAGAUAGAAGUAGCACAAGAAGAAGAAACACUUUAGUUUUGCAUAGAAGUAGCACAAGAAGAAGAAACACUUUAGGUAUAGAUAGAAGAAGUACAAGAAGAAGAAACACUUUAGGUAUAGAUAGAAGAAGUACAAGAAGAAGAAACACUUUAGAGUGGAAGAGGCUUUAUAGAUGUGGAAUUCUGAAUAGCUGA